AUGUUUCUGUUCUUGGAGAGCCUUUGUGCGGCAUUUGCAGGCCAGGCUACCUUUGACCUUGAGCUGUUCGUUGGCAGCGUUCAGGCGCCAGAGCUGGAGACGUACGAAUUAUGUAGGAGGCUGGGGAACCGCUGGAGGAAGGACCUACUGCCCAUCUGGCUGCGAUGCCAUGGGUUAAAUUUCAGGGAAGUAGCGGCGGGUGUGUGUUUGCUGCGUGGCGGCCCGAUUGCGCUCCCUCUGGUGGCUUCGGGGGCGGAGGAUAACCAAAAAAGGGUGCGCCACCAUCCCCUUAAAGGGCAACGCCCAGACCUGGCAGUUCCACGCAAGAGGCGUUGUUGA